CAUGAAUCAUCAUGCGGGGCAAAUAGGCGGACAGGGUAAGACUGUGGAGAUUGACGAGUCCAAGUUUGGCAAAACGAAGUACAACCGCAGUCGCUACAUCAAAGGACAGUGGGUCUUUGGCGGCAUCUGCCGCGAGACCAAGGCCUGCCUUCUUGUUCCGGUAUCGCAAAGGAAUAAAGACACACUCUUGCCCAUAAUACGCGCCCACAUAUUGCGGGGGACACGCGUGAUGAGCGACAUGUGGAAAGCUUACGAUUGCCUAAAAGAUGAGGGCUAUAGUCAUCUCACAGUUAACCACAGCCUAAACUUCGUAAACCCAGACGCAGGUGCGCACACCCAGCGCAUUGAAAAUACAUGGUGGGGAGUCAAACGAAGUAUGCCUCGUACAGGAACAUCCAAAGAUCUCUUUGAAAGCUACCUACAGGAAUGGAUGUAGCGUAAGCACUAUGGAGAUGAUCCUUUUGGAAACAUUAUCAAGCAUAUCGCCGACUUGUACGAAGUGCGCAAAGAUGCGUAAAUUGUUCCUCGUACCACUGUAUGCACUGUUCGUGAUCUGAUCGCCACUUCAUGGAGGAAAGAAACAAAAUACACAGCUUCAUCGCAUGGGUCUGAACUUUAGGAAGGAAAUCAAGGGGAAAAAAACGCCGAGAGACGCGACACGUAAGCUAUAUUUUUUAUUUCACUUUGUUUACAUUUACAAAAUUAGUAUAAUAGUGGCUAACCCGCUCAACAGAUUAUCGCUAACCGCAAGCAGCCGGUUUUGCUUAGGCCUAAAGCAGUAUUUUUAAGCUUUUUUAAACUAGCGAACAGGUCUAAAUCGUUAUUAUUUUAAGCAGUUUUAAGCCUGCGCUCAGUUUAAAAAUACGGUAAAUGCGGCCCAAAUUAUGAUAUUUCGUAUCGGAUUUCCGUAAUUUAGACCUAAAACGCGACAAAUUAUUAGUCUCAAAGAAAUCGUUCCAUUUUUGCGUAUUUUAGAUGGAAAAUUGGAAGUCUAAAAGUCUAAAAGUAUGCGACACUUAGAAAAAAAUGGUAAAGUUUAGAGUUAUUCAAAUCAAAUAAGUCUCAAAGGAGCGCCAUUGUUUACUCUAUUGUUUAGUUAAACAAAGAACUGUAUGCAUAAUAAAUGUAUGGGGUUAUACGAAAAUCUUGCCGGGAAUUGUUGAUAAAACGUUACCUCACGAUAUUCGUUAUGUUAGGAUUAGAAGGAUGUUAAGAUAUUUGAGAUAGAGGAGAAAGGAAGGCUCUCUGUUCUCUUGCUCGAAGAUCAUUUUGACGGACUGCUCGAUGGUGCGACGUCACUGAAAGUAAUUAACAUGUCGCCACAAGUCGACCGUCGCUAAUCCUUCGCUUAUUCAAUCAUCUUCGACCAACGAAGUCUGUAGCGCGAGCGACGAAACUCGCGUAAAGUCGACCUUUCCAACGGCGAAACUAACAGCCCCGGGAAGAAUUACCGGAAAGGACGCUUAGAAAAUCUAGCAAGUCACAAGCGGCACGUCGUUUGGUUUUCACUGAAAAUUGGUUCGAGUGCCUCGUUCGGUAAACAAUCAGAAACCCUCCAAUGAUGAAUGAGAGAGGAUCCCGUCGAAAAAUCGUCGCUCUAACACUCAUUCCAACCUUAAUCAUAGCGAUUUUUCUUUUUGUGUGGAGACCGCUCUUGCUUCCAUAUUUCUUUAGUUACGCUAAGAUAAUUAUUUCAGAAGGUAUCAAUUAUGAACAGAGACUUCAAGAGAACAAGAUGGAGCUUGCACAUAAGGAAUGGAGAAUGUAUCAAAUCGAACGCCGUUUUGGCCAAGAAUGGUGCAAAGAAACGUACGACAAAUCAAGAAGCGACGUCACUUGGAUGACCAUCGUAGUUGACGAGAUUUAUGCUUCCUCUGCUGCUUUGGUUCUUGGUCACUCCAUCCGCACAUUUUCUUGCCAAAAGAACAUGAUUGCAUUGAUUUCAGAAAUGGUAAGCGAGGGAACUCGCAAAGCACUUCAGAGGGUUGGUUGGGAAACUCGUUUGGUCGAAGAAAUGGAUUGCCACUGGCUGGACGCUAAAUUGGGAGGUGACCGCAUGAGUGGAAUCGAAAUAAAGGGAACACACACGCGAUUCCACGCUUGGAACUACACAGAAUAUUCCAAAAUCAUUUAUGUUGAUGCUGAUUACAUGCUAAUGACAAACAUUGAUCAUCUGUUCGACAUUCCAGAUGACUUUGCUGCCGCCCCUUGUUCUAGACCAGGCGUACUGGAUCCUUGUUUCAAUGCAGGACUGCUGGUGUUCAGACCAGAUGCCAACUAUUAUCGAGAAAUCAUGAACCUGUGGCAGGAAAUCACAAGAAUAGAUACAUGCCCUAAUGAUCAAGUUUUGCUCUGGUAUUAUUAUGCUGUCGAUGGUAACUGGAAGGCUCUUCCUUAUGCGUACAACAUCAGACGCAUUAUAUACAGACCACUGAACUCAUUCCAUUUUGCCUGCUGUCGUCCUCCUAAGCCAUGGACCGCGAAAUGCAGACCAAGCAGAAAAGAAGCCCAUGAUUAUGACAGACCAAUUCUUGUUCCUGAAGAUAUGGUAUAUCUUUUCUGGAAGAAUCUAUAUGAAUUGCUAGUGAAGUAUAAUUUAGAGCAUUGGUGGAGAUCUACAAAGUUGUUUCGGCCAGUCCAGGAGUUUGGCAAUGUACCUUAUGCUGAUUGCAUACGUUAGUCGAAUUUUCUUUUUCAAGAAAAGGAUGCAUCAUCAUAAUGGAAUGCUCAAUCAUUCGUAAAGAAAAGUGCAACAUCUAGACAUGUCAAGCUACAACAGCAGCACUAUAACCUACCAAGAACGCCCUUAAAAAUGGCUUUUACCCCGUAUAACUCCAAAAAGCUCCCGUCGAGCUCAUGUUUGGUAUUCAUUAACAAUUAUAAUAACUAAAACAAUAUUACAAUUAUAAAAAGAACCUUCCCAGCAUCUUUUACACCUGAAAAAUUUCAGCAUCUCAAAUAACUUUGUCGGUUUGAAGUCCGGGAGAGUUCCACAUUAUUUAAAAGAUGAAGAAGCCUAAGCCGUCAGGAGCCCAUCUCCUGAAGCCGUGUAUUACACUGUGAUAAAACACGACGGGCA